AUGAACGAUGAAACAGAUGCCAACAAAGACAUUGCUCGUGGCCUUCCCUCUUCGGAGAGGCCCGGGGCACGCGCGUUCUGGCACGGAAGAGAGCAGGCGUACGUUGCGUACCACGCCCACGAUGAUGGUGGCUACUACGAAGACUGUGGCGACUACGACGAUGGAUACUUCUACGACGACGGCUACUGCGACGCCGGGUACGCCCACUACGCCGGCGGUGGGGACAGAUACAGCUUCCUCCUCGUCCUCUACUCCUUCUCCUGGCGCGCCUCCAUCUUCGGGCUACCUCCACCUCUACACGGCACAANUGACGUGUCUGUAGUAGAGAGCCUGAGCUUCAACUUGUUCUCAACGCAUGCUGUUUCUCUGAAGCAACCAAUCCUCUACGACGAACGUGGUGCAACCCUACAAAAUGGACUGCCCUUUGCUAGAGAGGAAAAAGCGUCUGCAGCGUAUGCCAUGCGGUUGCCGUACGACCCAUCUGCGACCAUCGUAGACCCUGCUGAUUAGCCCGCAUUCGUGACUGCCCGC